GCGCGCGACAGUCGCCUGAGUCGCAGACAGUCGGGAGAAGCAGGGAGAAGAUGCGACAGAAAGCGCUCGAUCGUUUCCACCGCGUGACGAGGGUGACGAGUUAAAGGGAUAGCGGAUAGCGAGGCUAGACGAAGCGCACGUUACACGACCGUUCGCUCGCAUCGCAUUUGUGGCGAUUAUGCGGUCUCGGUCAACGCACUCGAUGCGUCUGUGUUGUCGUACGAUCAGAUGAAGGAAUCUUUUUAUUUUCCGACAUCUCGAUUCGACGAUCGGAAUGGUUUCCCCGACGCGGGUCUCUUUCGUUGCGCUUCUCUAUGCGGUUCUGGCGCAUACGGCAGGGUCGCGUGUACUCGAGCUGAGUGACAGAUUUCUAGAUGUACAUAAAGAUGGACAAUGGCUAGUUAUGAUGUAUGCACCAUCGUGUGCACAUUGCAAAAGAAUGGAACCAAUCUGGUCUCAUGUUGCUCAACAUUUGCACGCAACGUCCAUACGAGUGGGACGAGUGGACUGCACUAGAUUUACCAGUGUAUCGAGUGCAUUCAAAAUUAAGGGAUACCCCACGAUUUUAUUUUUAAAGGGCGAUCAGAAAUACGUAUACGAAGGUGACAGAACCAGAGACGAAAUAGUGAAAUUUGCUUUAAGAUUAAGCGGUCCUCCCGUGCAGGAAAUAACGAAACCACAGAGUUUCGACAUUAUAAAAAGGGAACGCGAUCUCUAUUUCUUAUAUGUAGGAGACAAAUCUGGAUUCUUAUGGGAACUUUAUCACAAGACUGCGAACACGUUUCAAGCGCAUGCAUUUUUCUAUCAAUCUCAGCCGACUGUCGUGAAUAAGCAUGCGCCUGUCGAUAAUGUUCCGGCAUUAUUCGUUUACAAGGACAAUUUGCAUUAUAAUUUCACUGGACACAACUUGAUCGACAAGGAACAAGUGAACAAGACGCUUCAGAAGUGGGUGAACGCAGAGCGUUUUCCAACGUUCCCGAAAGUAACAAGAGGAAACAUAAAUCAAUUAUUCUUAACAAAUAAGAAUCUCGUUUUAGCGGUAGUGGAGGAAAACCAAUUGGAAGAAGUCGCGCCUGAUAUGCUAGAAUUCCGAGAUAUGGUUGAAUCUGUGAUCAAGAAUAAACGAAAUAAAUAUCACGAUCAUUUUCAGUUUGGGUGGAUAGGCAGUCCCAAUCUAGUCAACAGCAUAGCGAUGAUGACGUUACCUAUACCGAGCUUACUUGUGAUAAAUACAACUACCAAUCACCAUCAUAUUCCCGAUGAUGAGACAGAAAAACUAACCCCAUACGUGAUAGAAUUGUUCCUAGAGCAGAUUCGCAACGAGAGUGCUCCGCGAUAUGGUGGCAACAGUUGGCUAGUACGUGUUUACAGGAAAUGGUUCGAAAUAAAAACUGUUUUGAUUUCAAUGUGGAAGGGUAAUCCUGUUUUGAUGAUGGUACUGUUUGGAUUGCCAUUUGGAUUUUUAUCGUUGAUAUGUUAUGGCAUUUGUUGCCCGGAUUUAUUGGACGCGAACGAUGAUGAAGAUGAGAAUACUGGAAAUUAUCAUAUGAAGAACGAUUAAGUUGCUAUUAAGCUAUAAGAUAUAUUAUGCAGAAUUCCAAGAAACAUUUUUUUCAUUAUGUAUAGUGUAUAUAAACGCUUAUGAUUGUAUCUGUAAUAUGUUCUUAACAAAAAUUUGCCAAAGCAGAUUUAAGAUUGCGAGAAAUUUUAUACAAUAUUCAUAUAUUUUCGACAUUCCAUAUAUUUUAUUUUUGAUCCAUUUCGUAUACACGAUACUAAUUUCUUUUAUGUAUUGUAUAUAAAAAAAAAAGGUUAUGUGUAUCUCUCGAGACAAUAUGACUUAUCGAGUUAAGCAAAUAUGUACACACACUUGGAAAAAUUUGUCUUAACACAGCUUUAACAAAAAGAGAAUGUAAUAUAUAUCAAAAAUUUAUAUAUUAAACAUGAUUGUUCACAUAGUUUGUAAAAACAUAUUAAACAUCAAACUAAAUAUUGGUUUUUGUAUACGUAUGGAUAAAAUAAUGAUAAUAUUUAGCAUUACGCAAGUUGUACGGUACUGUUGUUUGUUGUAUCGUGUAGACUGCAAGUGUGAUUGUGAUUUCUUUUUUAGGAUGAAAAAUAAUUGUGGGUUUGCUGAAUGUAUUUAUAUGUAUAAAAAAAAAAGAGAUCUAAAGAGUAAA